UCCCUGACCGCCCUCGCGCGCACUCCGUCGGGCGUCGGCCCUCGCGUUCCAGGGCCCAUGAACCCGUGGCACGGUGGCAGACCGGGUCGUUGUCUCCAUUGCCCGUCCAUGUUAUUCCACACCCGCUCGCUUUAAAGGGACCACCUCGUCACUCCUCGUCCUCCUCCAUGUCCAUGGUCACCGUGGCGAGGGCAACCCGGCCAGCUGAGCGUUAGUCGCAGCUCUUGCCUGCCUAGCAUGCAGCUCUAAACCCAAGUCGUGCUCGUGCAGCAGACGCCAAGUUGUGGCAGGUAGUAGCUAGGAAGGAGGCAAGGCCAGGCCAGGCCAUGGCGCUCGAAGCUGUGGUGUUCCCUAAGGAGCACCUCGUGUGCACGGUCAAGGCGCGCUCGGCGUCGCUGGGAUGCGGCUUCCACACAGAGGAGCUCGAGGACAAGGGCGGCGAGGUUCUGCAAGGGGAGGCUGCCGAUGCGCUGCUGCCGCCGGGUGCCGAUGCCGGUGCGGGCACCAUGUGGGAGUGGGACGCGGUGCUCUGCCCGUGCUCCACUGCACCUGGCGCCGUGGAGGAGUGCUGGGACGUGCAGCACCAGCUCUCCGUGUCCCCGCCGCCGCCGGCCGUGCCCUCCGCCGUCGCAGCGUCGUCGUCCGGGCGCGGCAAGGCCGCCGCCGCGUCGGCGCGGAGACGGCGGCGACGGCCGAAGGCGGUGAAGAACACGGAGGAGAUGGAGAGCCAGCGGCGCAACCACAUUGCCGUGGAGCGCAACCGGCGGCGGCAGAUGAACGAGUACCUCUCCGUGCUCCGCUCCGCCAUGCCGCCCUCCUACGCGCAGCGGGGUGACCAGGCGUCGAUCGUGGCUGGUGCCAUCAACUUCGUCAAGGAGCUGGAGCAGCUGCUGCAGUCGCUGGAGGCGCAGAAGCGGCGCCAGGGCGGGUGCACCGAGCCACCGCCACCGGCGGCGCCGUUCGCCGGGUUCUUCACGUUCCCUCAGUACUCCACCACCGCGACGGGUGUGGUUGGUUCUAGUGACAGUGCUAGCUCCGGCGGCGAGCAGAAUGGCGGCGGCUGCGCGGGAGCGGGAGCGCGGCGGGGCGUGGCCGACAUCGAGGUGGCCUUGGCGGAGAGCCACGCGAACGUGAAGGUGCUCGCGCCGCGGCGGCCGAGGCAGCUGCUGAGGAUGGUGGUGGCGCUGCAGUGCCUCGGCCUCACCGUGCUCCACCUCAACGUGACCACCACCGCCGAUCACCUGGCCUUUUACUCUCUCAGCCUCAAGAUGGAGGAUGAGUGCCGGCUGUCGUCGGUCGACGACAUCGCCGCCGCGGUGAACGAGAUACUCGCCAAGAUCUCCGACGAGUGCGCCGCCAGUCACUUAUUAGCUGCCUAGCUGGAACACUACAUUAUCUUAGCAAGUGUCAUGUAUGAUUGUAACAUCAAUGUGAUCCUAGUACAUGGAUAACACUGGCAACAAGUGGCAAUUCGCGCCACUGUCAGGCAGGCUAGGCGGUACUACCACUCCUCCAUAUGUUUGCGUGCAAGUAAACAUGUACCGAUUGGACCAGCUUACGUAUGUAGUCUUUCGCAGCGCAGAGUACUGUACGUAUUUGUGUGUAUCCAGAAUUCAGAUUCACAUCUCGCAUCAGCGCCAAUUAUUAACACCCCAUCGAUCGAGAUGCCUGCGUGUGCACACGGCUGACCUGUUCAGGUCGUCGUCGAUGAACUGGUGGACCAGCGCUUUUCUCUGACGAGUUCAGCUUCAGAGAAAUCUGUUUUAGCACGCAUUCACCGGAUAAGAAUUAGCAUGGAUUCUCCAGCCCC